GCUUCAUACGUCUGGUUUCGACGAUUCAGCCAUCAAACCUCUCUGCCAUGCCUCAGCUCCCUCAAUAUGUUGCCGUUGGCUUCCCACCGUCAUAUUCCAACCACCAAACAUGUCGAGGCAGAUAUCCCAAGGAGAAGGACUAGCAGUGGAAAUCCAUACCUCAACAAAUUUGCAGAAGCUUUUUAGGAAAACCUUGGUUACCGGAGGUACUCAAGAUGUUAAGAAGCCUUACACAUGGAUACCUACAUUUUUAACUGGACAGAGCUUUUGGCUGAUCUCUACACCAAUGGCACAAUCACUUGAAAUUAUCAAAACAAAUGUGGUUUAUGAGACUGGAGAGUUAUUUGAAUUGGGAAUUCAGCUUUCGUACUUGCUACUAUUGUUGGGUUUUCUGGGGAUUGGAACCUUCUUUGUGAUUCGUCAAGUACUUGUACGUAGAGAACUUGAUCUUUCUGCCAAAGAAUUGCAGGAGCAGGUAAGAAGUGGCGAUGCUAGUGCAACUGAGCUUUUUGAACUUGGAGCAGUAAUGCUGAGGAGAAAAAUUUAUCCAGCUGCUACAAAGUACUUGGUUCAGGCAAUUGAGAAAUGGGAUGGGGAUGAUCAGGAUCUUGCUCAGGUUUACAAUGCCCUUGGGGUCAGUUAUGUCCGUGAUGGGAAGCUUGCUAAGGGAAUUACCAUGUUUGAAACUGCGGUGAAGCUCCAGCCUGGCUAUGUCACUGCUUGGAAUAACCUUGGUGAUGCCUAUGAACAGAAGAAAGAUUUUAAGUCUGCCCUGAAUGCAUUUGAAGAAGUCCUUCUGUUUGAUCCUAACAACAAAGUGGCCCAACCACGGCGAGAUACUUUGAAAGAACAAGUGAAAUUGUACAGAGAUGUCCCUGUUAAAACAAAGGAGAGAUAAUUUUACCUGGUGUGUAUCAACUCAUCUGCUCUAUGGUUGGUGUGAAGAUUAAAUUGGCAUGAUGAUCUGAAAUAGCUAGUGAUAGUUGAGGUAUCAUUUGUUUUACUUUUACAUGGCCCCAGAUUACGAACUGAAUAGUCCUAUUCUGCAUUUCUAGCACCUGAGUAAAUUAAUCUGUACAACUUGAUUCAUAAGUAACUUGUCUUUGUUGUCGGGAUAUGAGUAACUGUAAGUAUCAUCAUUUUGGCCAUCAACAUCCCUUUGGUUUUGAACUGAUAUUCCAACCUUGUAGGCCUGCUGUGGUCAAGCCAGUUUUUGCAUAAUUUGAUUAUCUAGUCAACAAAUGAAUUUUCAUGCUAUAUUUUUAAAAAAAAUUUAUCCAGGAUUGGGCCCAUCCGGUCUCAUCCCGUUCCGUCUCAACCGGGAUAGGGCCCGGGUGGGAUGAAAUCUAAAAAAUGCAAAGCCCGUCCCGUCCCGAUUUCAAUGUCCGGGACAGACCGUGAGAUUAGCUCUAUCCCGUCUCAUCCUAUCCCAUGCCCAGCCCUAAA